AUAAUUUACCAUCAAUCGAUAUACAUUAGUAUUUUUCUAGUCACAUGAUGCGUGAUCAAAUAGAAAUAUAGUAUGAAAGAUCAAAUAUUUGAUGAAGGUGAGAAUAAGUUGCAUAGCGAUCGGUUUAUUAACAAAGUUGAUCACAUACCCAAUUUUGCGAAAAAGAAGCCAAAAACAUUUUAUUUAUUACAAAACUAUUUCUUUACAAAAAAAUCUUCUAACCUCCCACGAGAAGAUGGCAUGGAAACCAAAUGUAGGAACGGCAAAAUUUGCAAUGAUUCAGAUAUCUCUUUAAGUGUUAAACCCCGAAUUUUGAUUGACCAGGGCACCAUUAGUUUGGACCAAAAUGGCGAUUAUAUAAAUAAAGAUGAGAUUAGCUCUUCCAAAACCCGAUGCAAUAGCGCUCCUUUGUGCCAUCCAUAUCCGAUAGUCAAUUCAACAACCCAAGAAAAAUGUAAUACAAACAAUUACUUAUUUUCUAAAUCGCCAGAGCUCGAUAAAUUAUCUCAGCUAUCCCUUAGCGAUUCCAACUUAAGGGAUAAUGCUUAUAAUAAUAAUAAUCACUUCAGAAAUUUCUUUGAUUAUUACGAUCAAGAUUUUCUCGGAAAUUCGCCACUCUCCUCCAAGAAAAAAGCCAAACUUUUAUUCCCAUUUACAGCACCUUUACGUCUCAAGCAAUCUCGCCACCACUCUAGAAACUUAAAAUUAAACCCGGAAUGCCCAGUUUCAGAUGAUAAUACGAAAUUUCAAAUUAAUUGCCCAGAACAACUUGAAGAUAUUCCACCAAUUAAUUCUUAUACUCUGAGCAACACAACGGAUUCCUUGACAUCGUUAUCCUCAUAUUUUUCUACAUACAAAUGCUUCAAUAACCUAACACUGCCCCACAAGGAAUGCGUAAAUCAAAAGAGGAUUACAGAUGAGAAAUUUGGAAAGGGUAAUCGAGUUAUGUCUACUUUAAAAAACCAUUUGGCUUAUCUCUUAUCGCUCAAAGACAACAAUUUCAAUUAUCAAGAUUCAAACGAUGAUAAAAGAAUUCCCUCACUUCUUUUGCCAACUUGGUUCAGUCCAGGGGCAGCCAUCAAAAAUCAUCGAAAUUCGAAAACCUCUUUCUCAUCUAGCACCGGGCUUAUGCCAUUAUCUGCACCCCCACCCAAUCCUUUUUUCUCAACAUGCCAUAUUAAUAAUGUUUCAAAUGAUUUUGCUGAAUCUUCUAAGGAGAGUCAAGCCACCCUAAAAUCCAGGAAUCGCCUUAAUAUACAACAUAAUAGUGUCAAAGUUGUGACAAAUACCAGUACUCCGAAAUUCAGAAUAAUUCUAAAUCGCAAGCAGGAUAUAAUCAAAGUUACCGAGCAACUCCUAGAAGCCAUAACAAACGGUGAUUUUGAAGCCUACACCAAAAUAUGUGAUCCAAAUAUAACUGCAUUUGAACCAGAAGCUAUGGGCUACUUAGUCGAAGGAACCGACUUUCAUAAAUUCUACUUUGAAAAUGUAUUAGGUAAAAAUUCGAAAUCCAUAAACACCACGAUCCUAAAUCCUCACGUUCACCUCCUUUCCGAUGAAAUAUCGUGCAUCGCCUAUAUUCGUUUAACCCAAUAUAUCGAUAAAAGUGGAUCUCCACAUACCCAACAAUCCGAAGAGACGAGGAUUUGGCAAAAGAAAGAUGGAAAAUGGCAAAACAUUCAUUUUCAUCGGACGGGAUAUUUAAUACCUCCCAAUAUAAUGAGUAACAGCAAUUCCAAUCCAAAUUCGCUAAGUGCUAAAACCGUUAAUCACUAUAAUGUGAACAGUAAUCAUAAAUGAAAUUUACAACAAUAAAAAUAUUCCACCAUCCGUAAAAAAAUGUGCCUCAAACGAAAAUGGCCCGAAUUAUUGUUUGCGAUGACUGAAUUUUUUUACUCAUAUUUGAGAUAUUAUUUACAUGGUCUUUGGGUAUGAUAUUUCUAUGUAAAUUAAAUGUGUCUUUAUUUAUAUAACUAACUUAAACAAAUCUUUAUAAAUUAUUUUGUAAAAAAUAAACAUUCUUUUAUAAAUCAGGCAGGCAACCCUGCACAACUAACUAAAUAAUAAUUUCGCUAUUACGAAUAUUUUUUUAAUUAAUAAAACAUUUAACUAAAAUUUGCUUUACAAUUAUAUGUUAUGUAUUAGAUCAAUUUUAAGAAGUUACAGUAAAUCAAUCGUGACAAAUAAAAAAUUUUGUUAAUCCGCUUAUAAGAUAUUAUAUAUUUACUCGCCAUUAUUUUAUUAUCAUUUUAUUUUCUACCCUUUUUUGCCUAUUUUAUUAGGAAAAAAAUCU